AAUAAUAUAAUAAUAAUAAUUAUUAUUAUUAUUUAAAAAUUAAAAUUAUUCAAAAUAUAAAAUAUUUAAAAAAAAAUUGAAAAAAAAUAUUAAAAGAAAAAUAUUUUUUAAUUCAAAAAAAAUAUUGUAAAUUUUUUUCAAAAAAAAAAAUAUUCGAGAAAUGUCAGCCGGUGGAAUUUUAAGUAUAACGGAAGUAAAUGCCCUGCCAAAUGAACAAUUUGAAUGGAUUUUUGGAAAUGUAAUUGAACAUAGUCCGGAGGCGGCAAAACAUGUUUUUUCCGAAAAGCCAUUUUCAACAUGUGAAACAUUAAAAAGUGCAUUCGACAAUUAUUUAGAUAAACUCAAUAUUCACGACAAGGAAAUUAUUUUAUUGAAACAUCCUGAAUUGGCGGGUAAACUUUUGGAUGAAGGAAAACUCACUGGCGAAUCAAAAAAUGAACAAAAAAGUGCGGGACUUGAUAAUUUGACGAAAGAGGAAAAACUUUCGUUAAGUCAACUUAAUUUUAUGUAUAAAGAAAAAUUUCAAUUUCCAUUUGUCAUUUGUGUUAAAAAAAAUAAAAUGCCAACAAUUCUCAUGGCAAUUGAGAGUCGAUUGAAAAAUUCACGAGAAGUUGAAAUUAAUUUGGGCAUUGAUGAAGUUAAAAAAAUUUGUAGAAUACGAAUAAAUGAUAUUGUUUGGCCGGAUACUUAAAUAUUUAGAAAUUUUUAAAUUUAAUAGUUAUAAAAAAAAAUGACAAUUUGUUAAAUAAUUUUAAAAAAAGUAAUUAAUUGUACGGUAAAAUUAAUUGAUCCCCUCAAUUAAUUAGGGUAGAAUUAAUUAAAGUAAAUUUAAUAAAAAAAAA